UUUGAUUUUAUGGCUUGCUGCUGUGUUUGAUGUGUCAUUCAUUUGCAUUUUGUGUGUAUUUGCAUAAAUUUAUUUUCAAUUAAAUUAAUAAUUUUGACUGUGCAAGUGUACAAACUCCAAUAGUUAAUUAUUUCAGCGUUUUUAAAUGUAGUAAGUAUUACUAACAUAAUAAAGGACAUGGAACCAAACAAGACAAAAAGUGCAACAGAAGGUAUUGCACCAAUGGGUAUAACAGCAUUACAUGAAACUGUCCUGAGCAAUCAACCAGAGUCCCGCUAUGAAUGCCCGGUGUGUCUCAACUGGUUGCGAGACCCCGUCAUCACGACAUGUGGGCACAAGUUCUGUAAUAGCUGCAUCACAUCUUGGUUACAGAACAGUGGCCACUGUCCCAUAGACAACAUAAACCUCAGCAUGAAAGUUGAUAUUUUCCCAGACAACUACACUAAAAGGGAAAUCCAAGAGCAGAGAAUGUCCUGCCCAUUUGCAGCUAAAGGUUGUGCAGUCAAAGUGACCCCCUUAGACUUGGACACACACAUAACAAUGUGUGAGUUCAACCAGCCAGACGUGUCCACUCGUACUGAAGCGAGGGUGCCCUGCUCCUUCCAUGCUGUGGGAUGUAGAGACUCUUUCGACAACCAGGAGGAAAUGAACAAUCACCUGCACAAUGAUAUACAGACCCAUAUGAGUUACCUGAUGAAUGCAUACUCAAAGAUCCAAAUAGACAACGACAUAUCGAAUGCCAGCAUCGACGCCAAAGAGCAGGAAGCCAUGAGUCUAUGGGAAGCGCCGGACAAGAAUGGUGCCGAGGCCACGCCUGCGCCGCUACACAACACUAGCGCACUCAUUAGAGCUCUAUAUGAAAGAGUAGUAGUGCUAGAACAGAGGAACCGUGAACAAGACAUAGUCAUAGCGAACAUGUCCAAACAGCUCUCGGCGCUGUCGGUGGCGAAGAUGAAGCAGAACAACGACAUGUUGCUACGCUACUGCAUGGGCAACUACAUCUGGAAGAUCGACAACUUCAAGGCGCGCUGCGACGCCAUGUUGAAGGACCAUUUUAAGAUGUUAUACAGUCCCGGGUUUUAUACGUCGCCGAAUGGCUACAGGUUCUGCGUCCGACUGAACAUUUCCCCCCAGAACCCGCUCUUCUUCGCUCUACACGUGCACCUCAUGAAGACUGAAUACGACGACUGUCUCGAGUGGCCCUUCAAUGGACGCAUUUCAUUCGCAACCAUCAACCAAUACGACCCAGAUAUGACCCAAAGGGACACUAUGAUGUCCAAUUCCAACCUCGUGGCGUUUAGGAAACCGACUUCGGAAAUAUGUGUGCGGGGAUUUGGCUACACUGAGUAUGCGGUGGUCAGUGAUGUUGUGAGGAAUGGUUUUGUUAAAGAUGAUGUUUUGAUUGUAAGAAUCAAUAUCAAGUGUGUAUGACAUGAGGAGUGACUUUUUUGUUGUUUACAUUUUGUUUUUUAUAUUUUUUACUUGGACAAAGCAUUUAAAUGUGUAAAUUUAUUUAUUUGCUACCUCGAAUGGAAAGACAGAAUAUGUACUUAAAGGAUCAUUUUUUUUGAUUUUGACGUAAGGACUGAGGAUUUUGUUUUUAAACUUUUUUCUUGGAUAAACUAUUUUAAUAGCUUAACAAUUAAGUACCUAUGUAUUUUUAAGCUACCUCAGAAGAAAAAGACAGAAUAGGUAGAAAUAGGAGUUACAGGAUUACUUUUUGAUAUAUCAGAUGACAUAAGGAGUGACCACCAAUAUAAGCCAGAAAUCUUGUGGAAGUGACUUUUUAGUCAAAUUAAAUUUUGAUUUUUAACUGUUUUUUUUUUUUGGAGGAAAUAUAUUGGUGCUAUUUAUAAAAUUGUAUUAUUACAUUGGUUCAUAUUUUUUUUUAAUGCAAGGUAAAUUUUAUGUUUCUUUUUUUAAUUUAAGACUUGCAGUAUUCAAAACCUCGUUUGGUUUUACCUGUUUGUUACUGCAAACAAUGCAACCGCAGAACACAUUGAUUGAAAUUAUACAUUCCUUAAUAUUAGAGAAAUCUUUUUGAACUGUCAAUAAAAUUAAUAAGUAGCAUAAGUAAAUACAACUCACUUUUUAUAUUAAAGACUUAGAAUUUCAAGUACUUAUUGUAUCAAUAGUGAAGGAAUUUCAACUUCAUUGUCGAAUAUUCAUUAUAUUUACUGUCAAACAAUUAAUGUUUGGCACUUAUAACGGAGCCCGUCCAAGUGUUAGUAUUCUAUUUAGUGUUUUUGUAGUUUUAAGAUACCUAAUUAAAAAAGUACAGUAUUUUUAUAAUCUCGGUAAGAUCUGUCAUCACUUAAAAGUAUUUUUUAAAUGUAUCAAAAAGGAAUUAGAGCACAAAGUAAAUGAUAUUAUCAAGAUAUUUUACAUUCCACGUACUUAUUCGUACUUAUUGUAACUUUGUAAAUCGUACCAUGUACCUCUUUGUAUUACUAAUUUUGUAUGUCAUACCAUAUUUAUAAAUAUAUUAUGUUGAUUUAAGUAAAAUGGUGCCUUAUUAUUUUAAUCAUGUUAUAAAAAUUUUAUACUGUUAAAUUAUACAUACAUAAUUUUAUUAAAUAAAGUAGGUAUGUAUUUCAA